UUCGUGGAGCCGGGCCCCCGGACCCUCAAUAUUGCUGGAGCCAGGCGGAGGAGUCAGAGAGGGAGAGAAUGCUCCAUUUUCUUGCCGGUGCGCUAAUGCACUUUUCUUACCGGUCCUCCGUACCGGCUUACUUUCACCUCUGCAUGUAGAUGCUCCUGGAGACGGAAGAUGGCUCUGUGCUGAAGAAUGAGAAGCUGCAGCUCUUUGUUAGCUAUGGGGAUAAGAAUAAGAACCAGACCUUCCUGACCGACGAGUCUGGCAGAGCCUCCUUCGAGCUGGACACCUCCGGCUGGACCGGGUGGGUCACUCUGAGGGGGCACUUCAAGCAGGUGGAUCACAGCUCUUUGAAUGGGAGAGACUAUCCCAGUUACCGGGAUGCCGAUCUUCACCUGGAGCCCUUCUACUCCAAGAGCCAGAGUUUCCUGAAGAUCCGCUCGCUGGGAGGGGUGCUGCCCUGCGACCAGGCCCAGCAGCUCCAGGUGGAUUACGUCAUUGCUAGGGAGGCCCUGGGGAAGGGGUCCAGGAGCCUGGAUUUCAUCUUCCUGGUGAGCCUGUCCUGA